ACAAGUAGAACGGGGCCGUCUCACCCUCUCACUCGCUUCUUGGUCUCCUCCCCACCGGACCCGGCGGCGUCCCCCACCCAGUCCGCCAGCCGCACCAUGGCGCCACCGCCGGAGCUGAUGGACGAGCUCGUCGGCGAGGUUCUCCUACUCCUUCCUCCUGAUGAGCCCGAGCACCUCUUCCGCGCCGCCCUCGUCUGUAAGUCGUGGCUCCGCGUCGUCUGCGACCCCUCUUUCCGCCGCCGCUACCGCGCCUUCCACGGAGCCCCUCCCCUCCUCGGCCUCCUCCAAAGGUUCCAGGUCCUCCAAGAAACGCCCCCGCCCCGCUUCACCUCCACCACGUCGAUGCCAGACUUCCCCUACCCGGGCUCCGAUGGCCAGGGUAAGCACCCCGUUCCCCUCGACUGUCGCCACGGCCGCGUGCUCAUCCACGUGGUGCAGGACGAGGGCCUGGUCUUCGUCGUCUCGGACCCCGUCACGGGCGACCGGCACGUCCUACCCGCGCCGGGCAUCGACUGGCUCAUCUGCACCGCCGCCGUGUUCUGCGCCGCGGAUGGCUGCCAACAUCUCGACUGCCAAGGCGGUCCCUUUCGCGUGGCCUUCCUGGCCACCGACGACGGCGACCGUCUCGUUAAGGCCAGCGUGUACUCAUCUGCGACAGGUGCGUGGAGUGCGCCAGUAUCUCUUGACGACGGUUGCCAAUGCUAUGCCCAGCACAUGCGAGAUGACAUUGCAGAAAACAGCUACCACCUACCCUAUGUCAUGCCUCGGCGAGCAGCUGUCAUUGGAGAUGAAGUCUACUUCACACUUCGGUCUGCUCACAAAAUCGUCAAGUACAACCUGUCAAUCAACUGCUUAUCCAUGAUUAACCCGCCUCCACACAGGAGGAGCCCAAUUGCUCUCAUGGUGAUGGAGGACAGCUCGCUGGGGUUUGCCUGCACUGAGAGUUCUACUCUUUAUCUGUGGUCAAAGAAGGUGAACUCAGAAGCAGCUGCAAAAUGGGUGAAAUGCAGGAUCAUCGAGCUCAAGACAAUUAUACCCGUUGUCGAUCCAGAUUACAAACCAUUUGUGGCUGGUUCUGCAGAGGGUGUGGGUGUCAUCUUCAUAAACACAGAUGCUGGCUUAUUCACUGUAGAGCUGAAGUCAGGGCGAGUCAGGAAGGUUGACGAGCCCGCACAGUACUUUAGCGUCCUACCCUACAUGAGCUUCUACGCUCCAGAUCAUGGCAGACUGUUGACGCUAGCGAAGACCAGGCCCGGGCCGAGUGUAGUGCAACAUGUGCCUCCGGCACAGGGCCCCCAGUUGCAUGGGCCCCCGAUUUUCCAAACACCAGCACAGCCGCAGACCAGGCAUGUAGGCCGCAAGCGCUUGCACCGUGGGACUGGGCGCAGGAAAAACAAGUCGUACAAGAUUUAGGUUCCAACAUCGGGGCGACUUGGCACAUCGGCGUCUCUUCAUCUGCAGCAAUCAGAAAUUGAUCCUUUCCUUAGGACGGCAAGACCAGGAAUAAUUUGAGACUGAAACUUACUUUCACCAGCCAUCGCUAUCGCUUGAAGACACAAGGGUUGGCGACCCCGUGAAGCUUUGACCAUGAGUCUGUGAGUUCCGUUCCAUCUAUCAGUUUGAAUUUUGAACUUUGCCUUCCUGUUAUACUUUGUUGGUUUGACUUUUCUAUACUAGACGUCUACUGUUCGAAGAUCAAAGCCAUGUCUUGGUCUGGAAAAUUUGAAUUUGGUUAUCAAAAUCUCAAGGAAAAAUAAGGAACUUGGGAUUUUACUCAA